AUGCCCACAUUCUGGCACUACGCCAAGUACAUUAACAUUCCCUACCGCAGCAAACUGGUGGAAAAGAUCGAGCCCGGGCAGACGCUGAUCAUUCGCGGCAAGACCAACGAGGAUGCCAAGCGCUUCAACAUCAACCUGCAUCGAGACAGCCCCGAUUUCUCGGGCAACGACGUCCCGCUGCACAUCUCCGUCCGCUUCGACGAGGGAAAGCUGGUCUUCAACACGUACUCGAAGGGCGCCUGGGGCAAGGAGGAGCGCCAGAAAAAUCCGGUUAAAAAGGGAGAGCCCUUCGACCUGCGCAUCCGGGCGCAUGAGGGCCGCUUCACCGUCUACGUCGAUAGGGUCCAAGUCAAGGAAUUCGAGCAUCGCGUGGCUCUGCAGCACGUCAGCCAUCUGUCCAUCGACGGCGAUGUGACGCUCAACCACGUGCAGUGGGGCGGAAAGUACUAUCCGGUCCCGUACGAGAGCGGAAUUGCCGGCGAGGGACUGGUGCCCGGGAAGACGCUGGUCAUCCACGGCACCCCAACCAAGAAGGCCAAGCGCUUCAACAUCAACCUGCUGAAGAAGGACGGCGACAUCGCGCUGCACUUCAACCCGCGUUUCGACGAGAAGAAGGGCCUUGGCCUUGUUUGCGGCAAACUCGUCCCCGGAGGCGUCGUCCGUAACUCGCUGGUGUCGGGCGAGUGGGGCAACGAGGAGCGCGAGGGCAAGAACCCGUUCGACAAGAACCACGGCUUCGACCUCGAGAUCCGCAACGAGGAGUUUGCCUUCCAGAUCUUCGUCAACGGCGAGCGCUUCUGCUCGUACGCGCAUCGCGUCGAGCCCAAGGACAUUGGCGGGCUGCAGAUUCAGGGCGACAUCGACGUCACCGGCAUCCAAAUGGUCAACCAGAACCAA